CGACUCCUCCAUGAGCGACUCGUUUUUCACUAAAAACACCGCACCGGGUGACCAGGUUUUCAGUGACAUGAUACACGCCGGCUGUUCUAAAACGAUGGAGUUUGAAAGUAAAAUUUACCCUUACAUUGGAGGAUACGGACGCUACAACCGCCUCGUUGUGGUUUUUAGCUGGUUCCCGCACUUCGCCAUGGCUUUGAAUCUUUUCUGUGACAUUUUCUUCACGCUCGCACCGGAGUCGUACCACUGCCGAGCGGACCCGCACUUACUGCCCGAAGACUUCCCCAUCAGAAACAUCUCCACACAGGCGUUCAUCAGGUUCACCGUGCCGUGGCUGAACGGCUCCGGACUGAGCCACUGUGAGCUUUACAAGUACCCGAGGAACUGGACUAACUCCUCUGAGCUGGAGCGCAGGGAGCUGGUGCCCUGUACCAGGGGAUGGAUGUACGGCGAAGCCGCAGGACUCCACAACAACUUCGUCACUGAGUGGAACUUGGUUUGCAAGGACUACUGGAAGAUUCCUCUGCAGCACGUCUGCUUCAUGACUGGCUGGAUCCUCGGCUACGUGCUGCUCGGCACUCUGUGUGACUGGUUAGGUCGGCGUCGGUCUCUGUUGAUCUCCGUGUCUUUCUCAGGCCUGCUUGGAGUUGCAGUGUGUUUUUCCAACAGCUCCGAGGUAUUUCAGCUCCUCCGUCUAGGCCAAGGCACUGCACUCGCUGGUGUCUUCCUCUCCUCCUAUAUCGCCCGUCUGGAGGUGUGUGAUCCUCCUCACAGGCUCAUGGUGUCCAUGGUGAGUGGUUUCUUCUCUGUGUUUGCUGAGCUCAUGCUCCCAGGCCUGGCUCUGCUGUGUGGUGAGUGGACUGUGCUGCAGGCUGUGGCUACGGUGCCACUACUGCUGCUGCUCUCUUACUGGUGCUGGCCCUCUGUGUUUCCCGAGUCUCCUCGCUGGCUUCUAGCCACAUCUCAGAUUCCUCAGGCCAAGACAUGUCUACAGAUGUUCACCAGCCGUAACGGAGUGAGUCGAAGAGAUGAGAUCUACCCAGCAGAGACUCUUCUGACAGAGAUAGAUGUGGCUUUCCCAGAAGACCCCCAGCCUGAGUACCACCACAUAUUUGAACUCCGUCACACCAGAGUUAUCUGGAGGAACUGUCUCAUCCUGGCCUUUACCUUUUUCUUGGGCAAAGGGAUCCAGUACUGUUUCACCAGGAACCUCCACAGUUACUCCCCCCACUUCUACUUUAACUAUUUCCUGCGUGUUCUGAUGGGAGCCAUGGCGUGCGGCUUCCUAUGCGUGUCUGUUGACCGUGUGGGCCGGAGAGGAAUUUUGCUGCUAACUGCUAUCCUCACAGGCCUGUCGUCACUGGUGUUACUGGCCCUCACACAAUUCCUGCGUGGAGGUCUGGUGUUGGUGCUGUCGGUCGUGGGGCUUUUCUCCUCUCAAGCUCUGGCCUUGCUCAGUGUGUUCUUCGCCAGUGAAGUCAUGCCUACUGUCAUGCGGGGUGGCACUCUGGGUCUGGUGAUGGCUGCUGGUAGCAUAGGCACAGCUGCCUCAUCACUGAUGGAGCUGCAGAACAACGGCGGCUACUUCCUGCACCACGUGGUGUUUACCACUUUUGCCGUGCUGUCUGUGCUUUGUAUCAUGCUGCUGCCCGAGAGCAAACGCAAGGCCCUGGCAGACUCUGUAAGAGACGGAGAGGGUCUACGCCGGCCUCCACUCUUCCUCUCCAAGAAAGAGAGAGACGAUCUCCCACUGCUCCGCUGCCACCAUCCGUCGUCCCAGUACAACCCAGAGAACUACUCACGCCUGCUCAGUGCCACCAGGAAGAUGCUCGCCCAGGACACAGUGCCUUACAGGACGGCAGCGACAUCUCAGCCAGUGCUGUUGAGUAACGGUGUUUCACAGUGUGGUCAUGAUGACUCCUCAUAGCAGUAGGUUAUUAUUAGUGAUUUUACAUGCAUUUUAUAAUUUAUUACAGACUUUUCUCAGCUACUGUUUCUUGCCACUCUCCAUCUGUCCAGUAGGUGGAGCUGCUUCUGGCCAGAAUAAACCUAAGAUUUGAGAUUUGUGUGUGAAGUUCCAUAUUGAUAUUAAUAAUGUCUUUAAUAAAGUGAAGUCACAGUCCAACUUGAUCAUGUUAUACAGUAAGUUGUAAAACAGAAAAAAAAGAUAGUUUACCUCCUGCUCAGACCAGUAUUUAUCCACAAACGUACAGUUAAGGCUACAGUACUGUACAGGUAUUGACUUUCUAUAAUGUUUUCCCUGAAUGUUUACACUGAUUAAUUUCUCUCAUAGUAUUAAGUUUCUUGUACGAGCUUUAUCCUGGUCAGGGUCAUGGUGGAUCCAGAGCCUGUUGCAGGAACAGUGGCUGAAUAUCUGUCUUUACUGAACUGCUAUGUUUUUUUUUUCUUAAAUUCCACCAUGCUCUCCAUGUCCAGUCAAUCCCAUGAGCCAUCACACAUUGUUCCUUAUAUAUUCUCAUUCUGAAUGUGUUUAUGCACCAGUGGUAUAAGCUCACAUGAGAGCUCCUCAUUCACUUAGCUGGUCUCAUGAUGCUUAUUAAACCUACCUUGUGACCUCGUCCUUCUAGGACCAAUUCAAGUGAAAGAUGUUCACAUUGUUUUACAAACAACUCUGUGUUCAUGGUGGUUUAUCUGUAAUUCUGUCCUGUCGCUGUAGUCUGAUGUGCAUUAUCAGUGUAAAUUAGUCUAUGAUCACUUGGAUAAAUGUACACUGGUUACAGAUUAGUUUAUUGCAGGGUUCUAGUGCUGCUAACAGGUGCAUCAUGGGAUAUCUGCAGUGCUUCAGAAAUAGACUGCAGCUAGAUAAGUGAGAAUCAUCAUCUCAGAUCUAAGUGAAAUUCAGUUCUUCAGUUUGUCGUCAUUCUACGCAAACCAGCUGACUUUAUUUAUUCUCUUUCGAAAAUGUGAACAGCAUGAAACCGUUUUUUGUUUUUUUGGUAUUAGACUAAUUUACCAUUAAGCCAAAUCAGGCACAGCAUGGACUGAUGUAACAUGGGAACUGUGUGCAAUUUAAAAAUAUAGAUAUAUUUGUAAUGUAUGUGUAAAAAACUGCAAUAAAAUCAAUUUUUAUAUGCAGUUAAAUUUUCAUCUCCUAAGUAUCUCCCUGGAUUUUUCCUAACCUGUACAUUUUUUUUUAAACUGCCAUUUAAAAC